GUGGCCGCGGAGCGAACUAAAUGAAAGUUACGCGCUCCUUGCAACUUGGGUUCAGACACCUUCGUCUCGCUUGCGGUAUUUAUUAAAAACUUCUCAAGGACUCUUUUACAGGACUAUUCAUGCUGGUUUGGAGGCUCUGCUUCUCCUUCGACAUUGGAAUAAUGUAGUCUUCGCAGCCAAACGGCCGCUAUAUGAUGGGUCAGUGCAGCAGCGUUUAAAUUAAUAAGAAAACCAGCACUGUUGUAAGAAACAAUGGGCAAGCUCAAUUCGAAACACGCCUGCAAACGCAGGGAAAACCCCGAAGGGGACAGUUUCGUUGCGGGCGCGUCGGCGUCCCGGAGAGGCGAGGAGGACAGCGAGGGGCGCAGAGUCAGAGACAAGCAGGAUCUAAGCAAACAGCUGAGGGAUGGGGGGCAGUUUGCAGGCCAUGACUGUCCCCUAGAGGUGGCGUUGCGGCCGGAGAAAGGGGAGAGGAGUGACAGCUACCCACCGUACCUCCAUUCAGAUGACGGAGGACGCCACCCACCACGGGACCUGAGCAAAUGUUCUGUGAAAAAGGGCACCAACUUGGAUGAAACGGAGUACGACGCCGUGUUGGAGGACGACAGUCGGCAGGAGUGGGUUUUCACCCUCUAUGACUUUGACAACAGCGGCAGAGUUACCAAAGAGGACAUGUCCAGCCUGAUGCACACCAUCUACGACGUGGUGGACGCCUCCCUCAGCCACCCGCCCAGCAGCCACUGCAAGACGCUGCGCGUGAAGCUGACCGUGACCCCCUCGCCCGGCGUCCGCCGCAGGGAGCCCUGCAGCACCGGCACAGAUGGAGACGUGGGGCGCUGUCGAGCUGAGGACCACCUGGACAGCGGACGCUGCUCCGACCGCCGGCACUCGGCCUUCUUCAGGGGUCACAGUGUCGACUCGCCCGUGAGCCCGGAAGGGAAGCACUACUGCGUGGAUGAGAACACUGAGAGGAGGAACCACUACCUGGACCUGGCUGGGAUAGAGAACUACACCUCCAGGUUUGAAGGAGAGACCCCUCACCCACAGACCCAGCAGGAGCAGCACGGGCAGCCCCCUCAUCCUGCCCCCCAGCGCCGCUCACACCUCCUAGGCGACAGCUGCCCCAGCGCGGAGCCCCAGAGGGGCCUGGCCCAGUUCCUGCGGUCACCCAGGGGGAGCUCCAAAUCGACCGGCGGGGGGGGGCGACCAGCCAGGUGCCACAGUCACCACGGGCCACAGGGGGGCGGCCCAGCCCCCAGGCACCACUCCCCCCAGCGGCCGCAGCCUCACCCCCUGCAGCACAGCCACAGCCGGAGGCUCCGCGCCAGGGCCAAAGAGGCCCCCUCCCCCGGCAGGCAGCCCCCCCAGCACAGGCUGGAGCGCGAGCCACCGGCCGCCUUUCCCAGCAGCCCCAGCAUCCCGGUGGCCCAGCGUCACGAGCACCACCACCACCACGAACACCACCACCACCACCAUUACCACCACUACCCCCAUACAUGAGCCCCCACGGGCACCAUCAACAGGUCGCCUCGCCCUUCUGCUCAUGACCGUCCUCCAUGCUGCUCAGGAUCAGCCAUUACGUACCGGGAAGGUGAUUUUCUGCCUAAUAAUGUAAAUCAGAAGGAGAUGGUGUUGUUCUCCAAAGGGCCGUCCUGUUGUCAGAAAAAGGCUCCGCUGUUCAGUAAUACCAGAGGAACUCUCUCUCUGACUCCUUUAGCACACAGUCGUGUUCCGUGCAGCAAAUGUAAUGUCAUGUCUCUUGGUUUGGCUUUUAAAGUGACCGGAGGAAAUGUAACUCAGCGUGGGUUCCAGUUCUGUGGAUGCUGGUGUGAGUGGAGCUAUGUCUGUUGAAGCGUGUUAUGUUAAUUCGUAUGAUGUGACUGCUAAAAUGAGUGGCGCUUUAUGUGACGUCGUGACUGGGUAGGUGGUGAUUUGUGUGAUGUGGCAGUGUGGGUGGAGCUAUGUGUGACAUCAUGAUUACAUCAGUGUCGAUUUGUGUUGUGUGGUGAAGCUUGGUGUGAUGUCACGUUGCUGUUGAUCUGGCCAAGGAAACCAUGGGACUGUAAUCAGAUCCAAGUCCCAAAAGCUGCUAAAAGAGUUUUAUCUUUGCUUUUUCUGUGGAAACGUGAGAAAAACACUUGAAGUGUUUUAGUGAAAAGUUACAGCAUUUCUUUCUUUUAUCAAACAGUUUGUGACUGCAUGAAUGUUAAAAGCGGGCGCUGUCUGACGUAUCAGAUCGCAUACUGCACACUUUGCUUGUAGGAAACUUGCCUACUGGUCAUUUAAGCGUCUGCUGCUACAGUUAAGCGGCGUGUGCGUUUGAAGUUUCUACGCUAAACGUUUUGCACUGCAGGUAAUACAAGCCAAACACGGCCAAAUUAGCAAUUCGAUAUCUUAUUUUAAGGUUAAUCUCUAUGGUAUAUUAUAAUAUUAUCCAGCUACAAAUUAACUUUGGCUAGCAGACACGUCUAAUUCAUUAGGGAAGAUACUACAGGCAUUCAUUAGUAGUACAAAAGUCAAUAUACAGAAAGUAAUUUAACAAAAGGUAAAUCACUUGUAUUUUAUACAAAUUCGUAAACUACUGCGUUUUUAUGUUCCUUUAGUUACUCUUCUCGGUCGCGGAGCACGUUUGGUUUGAUGUGACCCGUGAUUUUUAGAAAUUUUACUUUGACACUAUGGUUUUUUAAAUAUAGUGCCUUUGGAUAACUUCAUCAGCCUCAACACAUGCCGGAAACCUGACAACACGUUGUCAGUCUGAAAGCCUCGCUCCUCUUACUGGGGGCUUGUGGAAAGAAACGCGGCUAAAGCUCCGGCUUCGCGCCCCUUGACGCCGAUCGGCGGGCUGCUCUCUCCCGUCGGCUCUCCGCAGUGUAACUGAUAUCGGAUGCUGUAUCACUCAGAUGUAUGUCGAUGUACUAUCUGCGUUCCGCAUUGUCUUCUGUCUGCUCUAGAUGUCAUACUCUGCAUGGCAUAUCUUUUGUGCUAAAUGAACAAUAUUGAUUUAAAAUGAUUGAGUUUAAAAUUGGAAUUGAUUCGAAAUAUCUUAGGUUAACGUAUAUGUUAGAUGGGUGUACAUUUGUUAUACACACCUUUAGUGUCUCUGAGUCUGUAUCUGUUAACAAUUGUCUCAGCUCUGACUAAGUAAAACCCUCCCUGACUCCCGUCCGUCGGUCUGGCGAAUCGAUCGUCACCGGCCAGUACUGUUGGUUACAGGCGCCCUGGCCGCCGGCAUGGCAGGCGCAGGUGGAGCCGUGUGUGCGGAUGCUGUCCCGCUCUGGGGGGCCACUCCCGCGCCCGACGGACUCUACAAUGUCCCCUCAGGAUUUCGUUCUUAGAAUUUCUUUUCACCACUGCUAUGUUUAAAAACAUACGAUCUUUGUGUAUAAAAUCUGUAUAAAUAUACAUAUAUUUCAGUAUGCAAUGUAUAAUGUGUAUCUAUUAAUGUUUUUACAUAUGCAUGUGUUAUGUUUCAUUUUAUAUAUUGUAAUAAAUUCGUAUUUUCUAUUGAAA